AUGGAUGAAAAAGAUCGGGCUGUAAGAAAAAACAAAAGAGCAAAAGGCUCAAUGUUCCUUCCAGCUGGAUCACUUUCCUCGUUGGCAAACCAAAUGUCGUUGAGGGGAACAAAAAGAAAUGUUCAAGCAGCUGAUUGCUCAAAUAGGGAAAAACAGCUUCCAAGGUUAAGAUCCCAAGUGCAAACUCAAGUGCAGCAAGAGACAAUUCAUUCUACCUCUCUUGUAGAACAAGUACAACAAGUACCAAGGCAUUCAACCGCUUCUGCAGCACAAACAGUACUAGAACAAGUGCAGCAAGAGUCACGACAUCCUACCCCUUCUACAGCACAAGCAGUACAGGAGCAAGUGCAACAAACAUCACAAGAUUCUACACCCCAAGAAGCAAAUCAAGAAUCUGAGGAACAAGGUCCUGCUUCCAUGAAAAAAAAAAGAAGUAGAACACAAAUUCAAAAUGUCCAUGGACGAAGUGAGCGUAAAUUGAUCGUGCUAAAUAAGCACAACCAACCUGUUGGUCCUACUCAAGCGAUCGUAGCAGAGUUAGGUAGCUUCCUUGAAACAUUGGCAAGGAAUUCGACCUUUUGUCCUGUUAACGUAUCAAAUUGGAGGAAACUGAAAACACAUAAAGAUAUGUGGAAAUAUACCAAGGAAAAAUAUAACAUUCCUGAUACUGCACAAGCAUGGGCUUUAAAAGCAAUUCAAUUUGCUUGGAGAAAGUAUAAGAAUUGGUUGAAGAAAAAACACUAUAUACCCUAUGCCAAUGACCAACUUCGAAUGGAAAAUAGACCCGGAUAUGUUCCACAAUCUCAUUUUAUGGAUCUCCUUGUAUACUGGAACUCUGAAAAAUCUCAGAAAAUGUCCAACACUAACAGAGAGAAUCGCAAAAAGUUGAGGUAUCCGCAUACUGUUGGCAAAAAAAGUUUUGUUGUAAUUCGCGAGGAAAAAAAGAAGGAAGAUCCCGAUGCUGUGACGAAUAAGGCCAUCUUUGUGACUACAAGAAAGAGGAAACCUGGUCGAGCUGAAAUGGAAAGAGUAGAAACUCAAGAAAGAGAAGAUGGAGUUGAUGCAUUUGCCGCAGUUAUGGAACCUGAUCAUCCGGGCCAUGUAAGAUUGUAUGGGCGUGGGGUUACAAAAACUGUCUUGAAAGGGAAAGCUGGAGAUUCUGGACCCUCUUUAAAUGGUAAUGAUGAACUGAUGAAGCAAAAAAUGGAGGAGAUGGAAGUGAGGAUGCAAAAAAUGCAGGAAAAAUUCGAUGCACAAACGGAAGUGAUGGAACAAGGUAUUACAAUGAACGUCAUCGCACAACUUCAGCGUCUAAACCCAGACUUAGUACUUGAUCCUAGCAUGCUAAAAUUCAAUUUUCGUUCGCGAGGAGAAGCUGCUAGUAGUAACAACCAAGUCUCAAGCAACUGA